AGUAAGGAUGUUAAUUAUUAAAUUGUCAAAUUGUUAAAUAUUCAUUUAGAAUUAUUCUUCACCAUCCCCAUUUUAUCUUUUUUCCACUGCAAACUCUCCAUUAUCUCUCGUCUUUCCAUUGCUCCUCUUUCUCUUCCCUUCCUCCCCUCUGUGACAUUAAGUUUAAACUUGACACUGAUGUUGACUCACUGUGUCACCUACUCUCUCUCUCUCUCUCUCUCUCUCUCUCUCUCUCUCUAUCCUACUCUUGCUGCGAGGACAUAAGUGCCCGCAGACGCAAUUCUCUCUGGAGCCCCCCCCUCCAUCUCACUCUCUUCCACUCCGUCUAACUCUCUCCAUCUCUCUCUCUCUCUCUCUCUCUACCGUUUUUUACCCUGCUAUCCACCCUCUAUCUUACAAACAUACAGUCCAUUGUCAACAAACAGAAGAAGCGGGAUAAAACUCCUGUGUUCUAUGAAGAGCAAUGACUUUGGCAUCAGGUUACAUGACGUCCUGUGCAUAAAUUGACAUUUGAUUAAAAAGCCUAGUGUAUGAUGUUUGAGAAGUUAACCAUGCUGAAUUUACAAAGUAGUUCGAACUGGAACAUGCCUAGUGACUGGUACCAUCAGCAAAACACUGCUGCCAGCCAUCACAGCACAGUGUCUGAUGGCUGCAUGGUGGACACAGACCCCGGGAUGGGGACAGGAGGAGGAAGAGUACAGAUGGAGAGGGACGACGGUGAAGAAUCGCAGCUGCGGCUGCAGCUGAAGAGGAAACUGCAGAGGAACAGGACCAGCUUUACUCAGGAGCAGAUUGAGGCUCUGGAGAAAGAAUUCGAGAGAACACACUACCCUGACGUCUUUGCACGAGAACGUCUAGCAAAUAAAAUCGACCUCCCAGAAGCACGGAUCCAAGUGUGGUUUUCCAAUCGAAGAGCCAAAUGGAGACGAGAAGAGAAGCUGCGUAACCAGAGGAAAUCUGGAGGCGGGACAUCGUGCUCCCAAACACACACUCCGCUUAGCACUUCCUUUAACUCAGCCCUCUAUCAGCAGCACAGUAACAGUGCAGGCUCUAUGAUCAAUCAAAGUGAAACAACUCUCCCUAGUUACAGUUCACUCUCUGUCUAUUCUGGAGUACAGUCGGCCCCCUCAUACCCUUGCAUGCUGCCCCCUUCCCCUUCUGCCCCGCAAUCCUUUGAGCCUUCUUCUUACCCCUCCCCCCACCUCCCAGGCCCGCCUCCCGGAAACACCAGCACAGGGUUGAUCUCUCCAGGAAUUUCAGUACCGGUCCAGGUCCCAGGGAAUGAGCAGAACAUGGGCCAGAACUUGGGUCAGUACUGGGCCCGACUCCAGUGAGGAACCAGCAAUUCAGGAGCAUGUGAUGGAUUCAGGAACAAAAGAUUAUGCAUGAAAACUCAGUAUAGAGAUCACAGGGAGACAAAUUAACAUUCAAGAUUAAAGUGCAGCAGGAACUUUAAGUUUUGUUAACUAUAUGGCAUUGUCACGACGGUCGCAAUGCACUGUGGGAGAAUAUUUCUUGCUCUGUUUAAACUUACACGACUAAAUUUGCAAGAAAAUGGAUCACACAUGAGAAUUUUCAGGAUUUAUCUGCACACCUACUACCUUUUUUUAAUUAAGCCUAUUUAGAAACUGUGCUUAUUAUUGAUAUUAAUAAGUUAUCC